AUGGAAAAUGACUCUGAGCAUUUGAAUGAUCUGUUCGCCCCGUUCGGUUACACUCAGACUGCGCUAGAGACGCCGACAACGGAGCAAUUCUCAAUCUCCGAUGAGAUACCGUGGGCUGACUGGACGGCAGGUCUCGAGCCAACAGCGUCUUUGGAUCACCAUAAUGGGCUUGACCUUCAAGUAGAUUCCACGGAGGAUUUUGCAUUCGACUUUACUGAACUUCUAGCACACCAAGGCCCUGGUGACUUUGAACAAAGAAUUGGUUACGACUUUCCCGUCGGGGAACAUGAGAUCGACAACAAUGAAACACCAAACGAUUUCACCAAUGUCAGUCUCUGGUUGAACGGCGCAUAUCUUCCACCUGUACCCUGUAGCCAUUGCAGAGCGAACCGGUUACAAUGUCUCAUUAUCCAGACUACACAGGCGAAUCCCAACCCGGUUACCUCGUGCUCUAGCUGUGUUGCAUUGUUCAGAGAAUGCAGCCUCGCCCGGGGAGAGAAACGCCAGCCGGCAGGGUUUGAGACUGUUACGCCGGUCCUUGGUCAUCUCCACGGGGUUCCGGAGCAGACAGAGGAAGGACAGCCUAGCCAGACACAGGCACCGGGUGAUCACACCCAGGAUGAAGGUAGUUACCCACAAAGCAAUACCGGCUUUUAUAGACGGAAUUUCUCGAGAAAAGGCGCGAAAGUUUUGAGGGACUGGUAUUACCAGCAUCAGGAAUACCCAUAUCCCUCUAAUGAGCAAAAAGUCGAACUUGCUCGUGAGACUGGCUUCACCAGGAAGCAGGUAUCGGAUUGGUUCACCAACGCACGGAGACGCCAGAAGCAGACGAUGCAAUUCUCCAGACCAGCCCAGGUCUUCCGGGCCGGCUCACCCAUGCCGACUAGUGAGAUCGAGUCCUUGACACCUCUGGAGAGGUGGCAGCAAUCGCCACCAGAGGACGAGCCCGUGUCUGAAUCGACCAUUCAAAACGCAAUCGCAUCAAAAUCCACUGAUAUGUCCCGGUCAAGCUGGAAUACCUCGCAUGCGGGAGAUGAUAUUUUUCAAAAUAGCGCAGACGAUGUUACUUCCGCAUCUAGUGUUGGGAGUAAAAAUUCCUACGCAUCCUCCGACAGUGCCGCAUGGAGUUAUCAUUCCGGAGAAAGCAUGCCUUUCCCGCUUCUUUCCAGGAGAUCAUCUAAUAGAUCUCGAAAGAAACGGACGCGGCGCCAAUCAUCACAAAAAGAGCGUCGAUAUCAGUGUACAUUUUGCACUGACACAUUCGUAACAAAGUACGACUGGAACAGACACGAGAAGAGCGUGCAUUUAUCCCUAGUGUCGUGGAUCUGCGUCCCAAAACUCGCAGAGACCUGGCAGACAAACGAUCGACAAGCAGAAUCAACAUGCAAAUUCUGCGACACUCCCUCUCCACCAAUGGCCCAUAUCGAACUGCACGAGUUCGACAUCUGCGCCACAAGACCCCAAUCCGAGCGCACGUUCAGCCGCAAAGACCAUCUCUGGCAGCAUCUGCGCAAAUUCCACCACUGCACUAAACUUCCCAACGUGGAUGUCUGUCGGACAGAGUCUAACAAUGUGCAUAGUCAGUGUGGAUUCUGUGGUGUUGUUUUCCAAACCUGGUCUGCAAGGGCAGAUCACCUGGCGGAACACUUCAAAAGUGGCACCCGGAUGGAUCAGUGGACUGGUGAUUGGGGAUUGGAGUCGUCCGUGCUAGCAGCGCUGAAGGAUGCGAUGUUGCCGGGUGACAGAACUGGACCGGAAUAG